CAAGUUCUAUAUAAACUUAUUGGUGAGCUCUCCAACUGGCACCGUAUUUUGGAAGGCAAGUCAAGUUGAAAAAGGCCCUAAAAGUGCAGAAUUUAUAGUUGAUUUUUUAUCUCCAACUAUAGAAGAAAUUGGGGCAAACAAUGUUGUACAGAUUGUUACCGAUAAUGGAAGCAAUUAUAGAAAAGCAAAACGUAUUCUUGAAGGAAAAUAUCCAAACAUUUUUACCACAUCUUGUGCUGCCCAUUGCAUUGACUUAAUGCUUGAAGACAUUGAUAGUUUAGAAGAUGUGAAAAAUAUCAUGUGCAAAGCAAGGCAGGCUGUCAAGUUCUUAUAUAAUAAGCAACAUGUUUUAGAUAUAAUGAGAACUUAUACAAAGGGAAAGGAGUUGAGGAGGCCCGGUGUGACUAGAUUUGCCUCUCAAUUUAUUUGUUUGGAUUCCAUCUUAAAACAAGAAGAGGGCCUGAAGUUUAUGGUUGCCUCCAAUGAUUGGAGACAUGUUGAAAACACUGAAAAAAAAUGAUGCAAAAGAACUUACAAGGCUCAUUCAAAAUGAAGAUUUUUGGAGAAAGGGAAAAGAAAUAAUAAGGUUUGUUGAACCAUUAGUGAGAGUACUUAAGAUGGUAGAUGGGGAAGGAGCCACUAUGGGCUAUUUGUAUGAAGCACUUGAUAGAGCUAAAGAAGCUAUCAAGAGUGCAUGCAACAACAUGAGAGAAAAAUAUAUUUCAUAUUGGAGUAUAAUUGACAAGAGAUGGAACCGUAAUUUGAACAGUCCCAUAUAUGCCGCAGCAGCUUAUCUAAAUCCUCAUUUGUUCUGGAAUAAUAAAGUAAGGAUGAAUGAUGAAGUUCGGAAAGGUUUGGAGUUAGCAAUAGAAAAACUUCUUGUUCCUGAGGAUUGUGCAAAUAUGUCUCUUGAAUUGGCCAAAUAUCAAACCAGACAUCCAUCAUUAUUUCGUGGUGAGCUAUCCAUGAAUAUUAUUGACACUUCUCAUCCACGUGUUUGGUGGUUGAUAUGUGGAUGUUCUGUUCCUAUUCUUCAAAGAGUAGCAAUCAAAAUUUUAAGCCAGCCAUGCAGUGCAUCAGCUUGCGAAAGAAAUUGGAGUGCAUUUGAAGCUGUUAAUACAAAGAAGAGAAGCAAUCUUUUACCAUCUAGAUUAACUGAUUUGGUAUUCAUUAGAAUGAACAUGCAUUUGCAAAGCAUGGCUGCAGAAAUAGCAAACAUAAAUGCAGAUCGAAUCUAUAUUGACCAUGUGAAUCCAUUUCCAGAAGCAGAAAAUUUAGAGGUUGGGUUGUCUUCAGAUUUAGAAGAAGAAGAUGAUGAAGAAUGCGGACCAAGUAGAACCAAUGAAGAAGAUGACUCUACUUCAUGGGAUGAAGAUUAAUGCUGUAUACAAUUCUUUUCCUCGAAGCAAUUAUACGUGAUAGUUACUGGGAUGACACUGCUUUUUUUUUCCCCUUUGUGUUUGUAUAUGUGCCUUUUUUCCUUACCUUGAAAGUUCACUCUUAUAACACCACCACUAACCACAUUGUUAUCAUCUUCCAUUGAAUUGGCUGACAAUUAUCAACUCCUGUUUGUGUUGGUCAUUUGUUUGUUGGACUUGGAAACAUAGCUUCAUGGAUCAAUGUUAACUGAGUUACAUGUCAAUAUUUCUAACAAAAUGCAAAGCACGUGUUCAAUAUAUUCCUUAUUUUUUUGCAAUUCAUAGAUAUUGUUACUAGCCUGGUAGUGUCAGAACUGCAGAUGGCAUUUGCUAGCUGUGACCAAGACAAACAGGGUCAUCAUUUACAUCUCCUGCAGUUCUAGAGAAUUACUUGAAUGCGGGGCACUACUAUCAUCCGUUCUUUAUGCAGUCCAGCAAGUCUUGCUUUCAAUGGAUGUUGAUGGUGGGGAAGGUUUUGUUGAUUAUCCACCUAUUGUAUUCAGGCUGCUUGAUCAGUAACCGAACAUUUUUUAUUGAAUAUGCAGCAGAGAGAUUUACUGCGGAACAGUCAAUAUUUGUCUUUUUUUAUAUUUAAUUGUUAUUAUGACAGUUACAAUAUUCAUUGUC